CGAGCAUUAAAUCCGACUUGAGUACGAGAGCAACUGGGUCACGCCAUAAUGCCUCCAAUCCCUUCUUCUAUCAUGAUACCCACAUCCUAUGAAUCUCUACCCACAACUCACAUCAAGCUUUCGCAUCAUCCUGCUGGAAGCGCCUCCGCAACUCCCGUUGUAAUCGUCACCCUGAACCGCCCGGACAAGGGCAAUGCUUUCACACCACAAAUGGCGGAAGGCCUAGAGAGGGUAUUUGCCACGUUUGAUCUCGACGAAUGUGUCAAGACGGUGGUAUUGACCGGCGCUGGGACCUUUUUCUGUGCCGGCGCAGACCUCGACAUCGGCUUUCGUAGAGGGCCAGAAAGAGCUAGCGAUCAUCGAGAUAGUGGCGGUCGAGUUGCUUUAGCUAUUCACAGAUGUCGCAAACCAACCAUCGCCGCUAUGCAAGGGUCGGCGGUCGGCGUUGGGAUGACCAUGACCUUACCAGCCGUCAUCAGAAUCGCCCACGAGAAAAGCAAGUACGGUUUUGUUUUCGCCCGGCGCGGAAUCACCAUGGAGUCUUGUUCCUCCUACUUCCUCCCUCGUUUAAUAGGAUACUCUCGAGCCCUUUACCUCGUCUCCACCGGCGGGGUGUUUCCUUCCACGUCCCCUCACUUCAAUGGGCUGUUUGCCGAGUCAUUGCCCGAGCAAGCGCAAAUCCUACCACGCGCACUGGAGUUGGCAGCUGAGAUAGCAGAGAACGUCAGCCCCAUGGCUUCGGCUCUCAACCGCGCCUUGGUGUGGCGUGGGCCGGAAUCGGCUGAAGAAGCGCACUUGUUAGAAUCCAACAUCAUAUGGCACAUGUUUGGCUCCAAAGAUCAAGAGGAGGGCGUGAAGGCCUUCUUUGAAAAACGAAAACCCGAUUUCAAAGCUACAUUGGAGGAACAUGGACCGGCAAAUUAUCCGUGGUGGUAUGAGGUGCACAUCGACACGAAACCGAGGGCUGCGAGGGAGCCGUCUAAAUUGUAGAUCCCAUCGUCUGGUCUUCAUUGCCGGAGGGAAGCGUCUCUCUCCGCCAAAUCGUUCAUUUUUCAUUCGGCAAUUCACGUGCAGUCGCUGAGGUAGUACACAUAAAUACUCAUACAAGAAAAAUAUACCAGCAAUGGAAAAGCAGAUAAGAGAAUGAAGUUUGUUAUACCAGGGAUGAUAUACGCAGGUUAAAGUAGACCCUAUCAUCGACCACAACCCAAUGUAACCCUGGCCUUUAGAGGAUGAAGCUCCGUCUCUUGCGGUUGUAUGCCCUUUGAUCCUUCAGCCAUUGCCGGUAUCCUUGCACGCUGCCGAUCUUCUCUCCGUAGUAGUCGGGAACUGGGUUUGCGAUCGAGUUUGACGAAGGGUCGACACGGAACCGCUUGAUCCGGUCGAAGAACUCUUUCU